AUGUCAACAUCCACAAGCGAUGAUAUGGUUAGGGCUGUCUUAAAUGAGGUAAUUGAACUCAAAUCAUCGGUUUUGAGAUUGGAUGAACGGUUUGCUAUUCAAUUUUCACCUGCACCAAAUAACGAAAAUGUAACCAAUUUUCGCGCUUUCGCAACUGCAGUUGUCUCUCAAGGUAUUGAUUUGGUAGCCAAGGAAAGAGAGAUGGCCAGAGUUAAUGCCCAUCCGGAUUGUCUUGGUGCCCGAAGUAUCGUAACUACCUUGCCAGGGGCAGGGAUAAGUAACUCUUCCGCAGAGAUUGGCCAUGCAAAAUGUAAGGAAAUCAGACCGCAGUUUCGGAGCAUCACUCGCCGCUUACGAUAUGCAAUGAUUCAGGAGGGUACAGUUGCCACCAGUUGGGGAAGUCUCCCGCCUCAAGACAGAACGUACUAUGCCUUGAGCCUUGAAAGCGAUAUCUUUGAUUACGGUUAUCAGAUCUACAAGUGCAACAAGAAAUGGGCAGCUAAUCUACUCAUUCAAGACACAAUGAAGGGGCAACGUCAAAGUGAAAGACGAAGGGUUGGGGUUUCCCCCGUCGUAGAGGCUCCAGUAGAAGAACUUGAAACACCAACUGAAGUAUGCAAUGCUAUUGAUCUAUGGCAUGUUCUGCUAAAUGAUCUCACCCCAAGUAUUGGCAUUACGCUUUGA